AUGCUGUCUAACAUGCAAAACAUGCUACCUGGCCAAGUCGAGAUCAACAAGGGCACAAAACCGGCUGCUGCUGCGACGACUGAGACGACGGAUGGACACACGCUCCAGGAUGUGCAGCAUUAUGUGCCUUCCCAAGAGAAAGCUGGAGCCUUCAAGAGGCGUAAUUUGCGCCUCCUCCGCAGGGUGCAGCUUGAGGACUUUUUGAGGGAGCAUCGAUUCCGGGAUGUGGACGAACCAGAGCAGUGCGGAUGCUUCUCUUUCAAGGAACGGUUCUACCCAAUUCACAUCGCUGCACGACAGAACGAUAAUGAGAUGAUCCGGAUUCUUCUCGCAGCCGGUGCAGAUCCAUCAAGAAAGACCUCUCGGGGUCGCACGGCCAUGGAGCUUGCCGAAGCAUCAAACAGCCGGAAGGCGUUGGACAUGUUGCGCUGCAACAUCAAGAUCGUGACUGCAACGGAGUUGUCUCACUUAUCGAGGGUCUGA